AUGGAAAAUGUUCAGUAUGCAACAUGGGCGGAGUUAUUUAAAGUCCAUGCCCGCUCCCACCGAGUCUUACACCACAUUCUGCCGCCUAAGACUCCGACGGAAACCGUCCCCACCGCGUCCGACACGGAGAUGUGGGCUACAUUGGAUGCCACUGUCCUCCAGUGGAUUUAUUCUACUAUUUCCACUGAUCUUCUUCACACUAUUAUUGAACCGGAUGCCACCGCCAUGGACGCUUGGAACCGCCUCCGUGAUAUCUUCCAAAACAAUAAAAACUCCCGCGCGGUGGCCCUCGAACAAGAGUUCUCUCAUCUUUCCAUGGAAGAUUUCUCCACCGUGUCGGCCUAUUGCCAACGCAUUAAAGAACUCUCCGCCGGAGCCUCGGCUCGUCUUGCCGCUGUGAGCGAGCGCCGUUGA